UUGUACUGCAUUGACUUUCAUUAUAUGGAAGAGCUGUGGUUUGCUGUGCAAAGGGAGGCUUGCCCUUUUACAUUAGUAAAAUACAGUAGUCUAAAAGUCAGUGACACAUUUUCAGUUCUCCACAAGCACAAUGACAGGCUUCACUGCUAUUCUGUUUGCCACAGCUGAGACCACACUGCACAUCACAGUUGUGGCUGGAGAUGACAUAAUCAAUGGGGGAAAAAAAGCUUCAAAAAAUUCUUUGCAAUACAUGGUCUCAGUGCAGAACAAUAAACCGCAUCUAUGUGGAGGAUUUCUGAUAUAUCCUCAAUAUGUGCUCACAGCUGCACACUGUGCAAGCUUACAAAAAGUGUUCCAGUCACUACAUAUAACCCAGAUUGCACGUCUGAUGGCAGAUGGAGUUUUCUGAUGAUGACUUUCAUACAUUUUAUGGACCUUGACACUGUUAUUUACAUGAGUCUAUGGGACAGUCUCAAG